AUGGAGAAGCUUGAGCAGAAGACUUUUAAGACCGACAUGCUUAACAUAUAUGGCAGAGACUUGACCAAACUGGCUGAACAGAAUAAAUUAGACCCAGUAAUGGGACGCCAAAUGCAGAUAGAGCGAGUUAUGCAGAUUCUGUGCAAGAGAAGAAAAAAUAACCCAUGUCUCAUUGGUGAUCCUGGUGUUGGGAAAACUAUGAUUGCAGAAGGACUUGCGCAGGACAUUGCAAAGUCCAGAGCCCCAUUCAAACUCUUGCAGAAGAAGGUAUUCUCUUUGGACAUAAGCCGUCUCAUUGCAGGAUCAUCAAAUAGAGGAGAAUUUGAAGAAAGAUUGAUGAAUGUGGUUGAUGAGGUGAAAGGAAGUGAAGGAGAAAUAAUACUCUUCAUAGAUGAAGCACACACACUGGUUGGCGCAGGAUCUGGAUGCCAGGCGUUAGAUGCAGCUAACAUAUUGAAACCAGCACUUGCCAAGGGAGAGCUAAAGUGCAUUGCUGCUACAACCGUAGAUGAAUACAGGAAGUACGUCGAAAAAGACCCGGCUUUGAAGAGGCGUUUCCAGCCAGUAGAUGUCUCCGAGCCAUCUGUUGAAGAGGCCAUUGAGAUUCUGAAAGGUCUAAGCAAAAAGUAUGAAGCUCACCACCAUGUCCAGUAUUCAGACAAUGCAUUAAUCGCUGCUGCACGUUUGUCAAGCCAAUACAUCAGUGAAUACUACCUUCCUGACAAAGCUAUAGACUUGAUUGACGAGGCUGGGGCUCGUGUCCAACUUCAUCAACCACAAAUGUCUACCAAUAUUCCCACCAUCACAGAGAUGGACAUACGGCAUAUCAUCUCUUCCCGGACUGGAAUCCCCCUAGAGAAACUUUCUGCUAAAGAAUUGAUGAAGCUCGUUGACAUGGAAGAAACACUCAGAGAAAGUAUUAUCGGCCAGGAGGAUGCUGUCAAAGCAAUAUGUCGGGCCCUUCGCAGAGAUGGUGCCGGCAUAAGGGACCCCACACGCCCAAUAGCAAGCUUCUUAUUCACGGGCCCUACUGGUGUUGGGAAAACAGAACUUGCUAAAUUAAUUGCUCUAGAAUACUUUGGGUCCAAAGAAGCAAUGGUGAGGAUAGAUAUGAGCGAAUACAUGGAAAAGCACACGGUGCCGAGACUGUGUGGCUCGCCACCAGGCUACGUCGGCCACGAUGAAGGAGGCCAGCUGACAGAGGCCGUCCGGCGUCGGCCGUACAAUUUAGUUCUGUUUGAUGAGAUUGAAAAAGCUCAUCGAGAUGUGAUGAAUGUAAUGCUUCAGAUUCUGGACGAUGGACGGCUAACAGACGGCAAAGGCCGAACAGUUGAUUUCAAGAACACCCUUAUCAUAAUGACAUCAAAUAUUGGAGGCAGCCUGAUUACCCAGACAAAAAUUCAACUAGGAUUUGAGCAGGUCAAAAACCUAGUAGCUGAAGAAUUGAAGAAAAAUUUCCUGCCGGAGUUCUUGAACAGGUUAGACGAAGUGAUUGUGUUCAAGCAGUUGUCAAAGCCUCAGCUGAGGGAGAUUGUAGAUAUAAGACUGAAAGAAGUGUAUAAAAGAUUUGAAGAGGCCAAGAAAAUAAAUUUGGAAGUAACUGAGGAGCUGAAGGAGAAGCUAGUUGAAGAAGGAUUCAGCCCGGGGUAUGGAGCAAGGCCAUUGAGAAGGGCCAUUGUUAGUCUCUUGGAAGACAAGGUGGCUGAUAUGAUCCUCGAAGGAACCAUUGUCGAGGGAGAUACAGUGUCAAUAGGCAUAUAA